GCCCGCCCUGCGCGGCGCGCCCGCCGCGGCAUGAGGGUGCCCAUGGAGGGCUGGGCUGAGCUGGGCUGAGCUUGGCUGGGCUGAGCUGGGCUGAGCUAAGCUGCUGCCUGCGCCAUGGCCAUCGCCGGCAGGGCGGCGCUGCGCUGGGGGGCACGGCUGCCGAGCCCCGGCCCCGCCGCCGCCCGGCUCUGCCGUCCGGCCUGGCUGCCCGCGGCGUGCGGGCGGCCCUACAGCUCCCGCGGCAAGGAAGAAAUAGAUAUGUCAACGUAUCCUGUUGAAAGCAUUAGAAACUUCAGUAUUAUAGCUCAUGUAGAUCAUGGCAAAAGUACACUAGCAGACAGAUUGCUGGAAAUUACAGGAACAAUUUCUAAAACUGACCGUAAUAAACAAGUGCUGGAUAAACUUCAAGUGGAACGUGAAAGAGGAAUUACAGUUAAAGCCCAAUCUGCAUCUCUGUUUUACAGUCAUGAAGGAAUAAACUACCUCUUAAAUCUUAUUGACACACCAGGCCACGUAGAUUUCAGCUAUGAAGUAUCACGGUCACUGUCUGCCUGUCAAGGUGUCAUACUUGUAGUGGAUGCAAAUGAGGGUAUUCAGGCUCAGACAGUGGCAAACUUCUAUCUCGCCUUUGAAGCACAGCUUUCAAUAAUUCCUGUCAUAAAUAAGAUUGACUUGAAAAAUGCAGACCCUGAAAGAGUUGAAAAACAAAUUGAGAAGCUGUUUGAUAUCCCUACAGAUGAAUGCAUAAGGAUCUCUGCUAAACAAGGAACAAAUGUUGAAAAAGUUCUUCAGAAGGUCAUUGAGAAGAUCCCACCACCCCAAUGUAAUACUGCUGAUCCAUUGAAAGCCUUAGUAUUUGACUCUACCUUUGACCACUACCGAGGUGUCAUAGCUAACAUUGCGCUUUUUGGUGGGGAGAUUGCGAAGGGACAGAAAAUUGUGUCUGCACACACUAAGAAAAGAUAUGAAGUAAAUGAAGUUGGAAUUCUGACUCCAAAUGAACAGCCAACACAUAAGCUCUAUGCAGGACAGGUGGGGUACCUGAUUGCUGGAAUGAAAGAAGUAACGGAAGCCCAAAUAGGAGACACUCUGUUUUUGUAUAAACAGCCAGUGGAGCCUUUGCCUGGCUUUAAGUCAGCGAAACCAAUGGUUUUUGCAGGAAUGUAUCCAAUAGACCAAACAGAAUAUAAUAAUCUCAAAAGUGCUUUGGAAAGGCUGACAUUGAAUGACUCCAGUGUAACUGUUCAUCGUGACAGUAGCCUUGCCUUAGGAGCCGGAUGGAGAUUGGGUUUCCUUGGUCUUCUACAUAUGGAAGUCUUUAAUCAGCGUUUGGAGCAAGAGUAUAACAUGUCUGUUAUUUUGACUGCACCUACAGUUCCAUAUAAAGCUGUUCUUUCCUCAGCAAAGUUGAUAAAGGAGUAUGGAAAAGACCAGAUUACUAUUAUCAACCCUGCUCAGUUUCCUGAUAAACUUUCAGUAUCAGAAUAUUUGGAGCCAACUGUUCUUGGUACUAUUGUAACACCUCAUGAAUAUAUUGGGAAAAUAAUUACCUUGUGUCAGGAUCACAGAGCAGUCCAGAAAGAUCUGUUGUACAUUGAUGAAAACAGGGUUAUGCUGAAAUACCUCUUUCCACUGAAUGAAAUUGUGGUGGAUUUUUAUGAUGCUCUUAAGUCUCUGUCUUCUGGCUAUGCAAGUUUUGAUUAUGAAGAUGCAGGUUACCAAUCAGCAGACCUAAUCAAAAUGGAUAUCCUUCUAAAUGGAAAUCCAGUUGAAGAACUGGCAACUAUCAUACACAAGGAUAAAGCCUAUGCUGCUGGUAAACUCCUAUGUGAACGUUUAAAAGAGACUAUUCCUAGACAGUUGUUUGAAAUAGCCAUCCAGGCUGCCAUUGGCAAGAAAAUCAUUGCAAGAGAAACGCUGAAGCCUUACAGAAAAAAUGUUGUGGCAAAAUGUUAUGGUGGCGACAUUACAAGAAGAAUGAAGCUUUUAAGGAGGCAAGCAGAAGGCAAGAGGUUGAUGAGAAAAAUUGGCAAUGUUGAGGUUCCAAGAGAUGCCUUUAUACGUGUUCUAAAGAGAGAAACUGACAAAUAGAGAUCAGUGACAUCUGAUCUUCCAGAUCAUGUCAGCUUUUGCAGACAGUAGCAAAGUGAGCUAAUACAGGAUUUAUCAGUGUGAGAGGGAACAUACUUGACUUUAAACGGUAUGAAUUUGGUAUGUGUGCGAAGAUUAAUUGACUUAAAAAAUGUACAUAUAUUUGUAGAUUAUAAUGAAACUAAAGUUACACGACUGCAUCCAAAAGUUCACAUUAUAUUGUUUUUUCAUUUUAUUCCAUUGUUUUCAUACUUUUAGCACUUAAAAUUAGCAUAAUUUCAGGGGUUUUUUGCAUUGCAAGUCUCUAUAUAUAGCGAGGAACCAUACAGCAAAAAGAUUAUAAAAAUAAUUUAAAGGUAUGUAUAGACAAACAAUGCUGUGUUGGUUUGGUUUUUUUCUUUUAAAGUUUGAACUGUUGACACAAAUGUAUCAAGCUGUUUCCUGUUUCACUUUCUCUAAAGUUGCUGUUGUCAGGAAAUUGUGAUGCUGGGAAACCGCAUCAGAUGAAAAAAUCAAAACUCUUUAAAUUUACCAUGCUGUUAAUUUUAAACCAGUUGAAGUGUGUAAAUUUACCAUUAGUUCAGCCUAGCUGUGCUCAUCUCCAGGGAAAUGGUAAGUUUUCAUAUAUUAAAACACAGGAUCUGUAACUGUUCCCCUAGUAAGACCAAUUCAGGCCUUAAAAAAUUAUUUAACAUGAAGGUUUGGUUAUAGCAUAUCUUGGUGUAGUUGGUGAAGUUUUAUUUAUAUUUUUUACAUAUUAAAGUUUGUCAGUACAUCCCCAGUUAAAUGCUGCAGUGUAGUGUGUGUAACAUGAAGUGUUACUUUUGGAAGUGUACACAAGGCAAUUAUAAAUAUAAGUUAAUGACCCUACUAUAUAUUGUAUUUACAACUAGUUUACCUGCAUCCAAAAACUUUUAAGCUGCAAUAAUUUUUUUGAUCUUCAGGGACUAGUUUUGCUCUUCACAAAUCUUAAUUUCUUGUUAUUAAAUAUUUAUUAGAGAACAAAUUGCUAGUCGUACCUGCUAAAGUACUCAGUCACCAGGAAAGUCUGCCCUUAAAUUUAGGCUUGUACCUACACUUUAAUCAUAAACUAGUUUUAUUUCAGCCUGUGUAUAAGGAGGAAUUGGGAAAAUCUUUGGAGGGAUGGAAUGGAACAGGACACGUUCCCUUUCAACCUGUAUUAGUUUCAGAGUGUAGAAAAAGGGGAGAGGGAGUUCUGAUACAUUAAUGCUUUGUUUGGGCUUUUUUCUGUUUGGUUGUGGUUGUGGUGUGUUUUGGGGUUUUUUUUAUUUGAAGCUGUUUCAGGUGCACUGAAAAACCAAAGAUCUGGAUGUGAACAAGGUAUCUGUACCUUAAAUAAAGGUACCUAAGCUGCUGCUACUGACACUGAAGAAAGGAAGGAUGCUGUGGAUAAAGGCUCCCUAACACACUUAUUAUUCCUCCCCUAUAAAAGCUAGCAUGUAAGGAACUACAGCUGCAGGGAUACAGGCUAGGAGCAAAGGAGCUAAAAUGAGGUCCUCCCCAGUCCUUGAACCAGACCUACAAGCAGUGAUUCUGUAUUGAGGAAUAAGGCAGAAACUGAAGGUGAGCUAGAGAUUGUCCAAACAGUAAAUAAUAUCCUUGCUGAGUGACAGACACAUCAAGGGUAUGUUACCUAAUUAAAUGAGUUACAUAGAUGGAUAGAGCUGCCUUGAGAAUCUGUUUUAGCUUUACUAUAGUCACAUGAGGCAGAAAAAAAUUACAAAUUAUAGUCUUAAUUCUGAGAGGACUUGUACACAUAUCACUUUUCAGAACAAGAACUUUAAAUUAAACUGGUCAGUACCUGUAAAGUACACGAGGUACUAGUUUUUGACACAAAUGUACCUGAUUCUAUCUAGUUACUUUUGAUUCCCCCUUUCCUUUGGAAAGACCUUAAAAUGAGAAAAAGAAUAAAAUGGUAACCUUGAUCUGCUAGGCUAACUUAGAAUUUACUUUUAAGGCCUCCUGAACUUGAAAAUGCUUGCUUUGCCAUUACUGCAGAGUAACAGGUUAAAUCUUAUGCAACUUAAAGGGUUGACUUGUCUACUAAAGUAGUGGACAAGUUUGGAAGGUAUUCUCCUGAAGAAAUGAUAUUUCAUAAAAUGAAAUUGGAAGUAUCUUAAGGAAUGAAAUAACAGAAAGAGUGUGGUAGUACUUAAAAAAUUACAUAAUAUAGCACUCAAAAUUUAAAAAAAAUAGUGUAACAAGAGAAACAAGCUGGAGAACAACAAAAGCUGUGCAUUAAAAGAGGCAAUAAUAGUCCCAGAUCCAAGUACAGACAGGUUCUGCUGUACCGGUAUUUAAACUGGCCUGUGUUUUACAGAAGGUCGAGUAGUUAAAAAUGAAAAAAAUAUAUUAAUUCUGUGAUCUGGCACAUCUUGACAACACAGAGGGCUUUAGUGACUAAGGGUGCCGAGCGAGGCACAUGACUGAAAGGUGUGCUGGAAUAAAGAACAAGAAUAUUGUUUAAAUAGCAUUCUCCAUUUUGGCACAUGAAGGAUAAUGAUCAUCAAGAUGAAACCUGUAUUCAAUUUCAUUAAUACUAACCUAAAUUAAUUACUACUUUUAGUUUCAUGCUUUUGUAAUAGAAUUGUUUAUAAACUUGCUUAGAUGUAAAGUCUAAUGGCAAACCUAACAUUGCAUUUUGAGUCAUACAUUACCUGUAACAGCAUUCUUCUGAAAGGCAGUCUUUUCAACUUUUUUCCCCACAAUGUUGCAUUACGCUUCAAAAAUACAUGUGCAUAAACUGAGCCUUAAAGCUGAAAACCUUUUUUAAAUAUGUGGAUGUUCAAUGUACUGUUGAGAAUUGAAACACUAGGCCUGGCUUCCUACACUGCUGUAGACAGAUUCUUCCAUUCUUUUGUAAUUUCACAGAAUCAGAGAACAGUCCAGAUUUGAAAGGACUCUGUAAGACCAUUUAUGAGAAAGGUGAGCCUAGAUGAGUCUAGAAAAGUCACCUAGAUGAAAGGUGAGCCUGCCACAUCCCUGGGGAGAUAAUGUGAUAUUGUAAUAAAGACUACAUGCCUGCCAUUUGGGUGAAAAGUUGAAUUGUUGAAGUUAUGGUUAGUUGUACUUUCUUGCAGUGAGUAUUUUCAACAAGGGCUUUCCCAAAAAAAGUCUUCAUCAGUAAACUCUUAUCUUUCUCCUUUGGUGCCUAAUCACUCCCUGAAAUUCUGAACUAUUUACUCAUGACAAUUUUUAUUAGAAAUGAAACAACUUUGAAACGAAGAGAUUUAUAUUUAAGUUUUACUUAUAUUCAAAGUAGGAAAUAACAUUCCUUGUAACAGCUCAAUGUUUAUAAUGAUACAGUGAAAAAGUGAUUAACAGUUGGCUUUAAAUGAUCAUUUGCAGACAUUAUAGUCCUGUAAAUUAAGCUCUUUUCAGGCAUUUAAUUGUAACAUCAGUUAUAUAAUUGACCAGCUACCUCCAGAAAGGUAGGUUGAGAUUUCUUCCUUAUGUAUAAAGCUUGAUUACCAAA